CUCUGUUCUGCCUCCGUAGGUUGUGACUCUACUUGCAUCUGCACCCUCGAGCUCCCACUCCUUCAGUUCGGCGACAACCUCGGUAGUAGUUCCCAGAGCUCUCCGGCCUUACGAUCCAAGCCCGUCAUAAUAUCGCUCGCUGUUCUCGCACGCCCCGGACUUUUCUUCUCUCCCACCCAUCUAAUAUAUUUCUCUUAUUCACGUCUAUUCGUGUUCAAUCCAACUGGGAAAUUUCAAGUUGUGACGGCCGCUUGGCCUGAUUCGCUUUCAACAUCAUGUGGAAGCCGUCGGAGCGCCUGAUGGAAACCAUCAGGCAUUACGCCAGCUUCCCAGCAACUGGCGUUUCGCUCCGGCAAAUGGUUCAAUUCGGAGACAGGCCUUCUACCGGCACCUUGUUUCGCGCCUCUCAGUUUCUAUCGGAGGAACUCCCCAUCCGUCUCGCCCACCGUGUCCAGGACCUUGGAGAGCUACCCGACGGGCUCAGUGAAAUGCCCUCCAUUAAAAAGGUCCAGGAUUGGUAUGCGCAAUCAUUCGAGGAAAUCAUCACUCUACCUCGACCAACCCUUACACAAGAAGUCAAGGCACGUCUGCUACGCCCAAAUAGAACGCAUAACGGUGGAUCAAAGAUCCUUGCGGAAACUACACAAAACCCAAGCGUCCGUGAGGGACAGUACCGUUCCUCCACCACAACAAAUGGUAACGGCAAUGGCAAGACUGCUGCCGCCAGGAGAUAUUUUGUCCCGUCCGAUGAUCAUGGCCAUUGGCCUCCCGAGUUGAAUGACUACAAUGAACGUUUCGCGAAGACUUUGCAACAAAUCAAACGACGACAUGACAGUGUUGUAACUACAGUGGCUCAGGGUAUUCUCGAAUGGAAGCGGAGACGGCAGCGCCUCCAAAUUGACUCGACAAUUCAAUCAUUUCUCGAUCGGUUUUACAUGUCUCGAAUAGGUAUACGAAUGUUAAUUGGACAACAUAUCGCUCUGACAGAACAAACACACGUUCGCCAUCCAAACUAUGUCGGGAUCAUCUGUACCAAGACAAAUGUACGUGAGGUGGCUCUCGAGGCUAUUGAAAACGCUCGUUUUGUUUGCGAGGAUUACUAUGGUCUUUUUGAUGCUCCCAAGGUGCAGCUUGUUUGCAAGGAAGACCUAAACUUCAUGUAUGUCCCGGGACAUCUGUCCCACAUGCUUUUCGAAACCUUGAAGAACUCCCUCCGUGCCGUGGUCGAAACACACGGCGCAGACAAGGAAGCCUUCCCUAUCACCAAGGUCAUCAUCGCCGAAGGAAAAGAGGACAUUACUAUCAAGGUCUCCGAUGAAGGAGGCGGUAUCGCACGGUCUGCGAUACCUCUUGUUUGGACUUAUAUGUAUACAACCGUGGAACAAACCCCCAACCUUGACCCCGACUUUGACAAGAGUGACUUCAAAGCCCCCAUGGCAGGGUUCGGAUACGGGCUUCCAAUCAGUCGUUUGUAUGCCCGGUACUUUGGAGGCGACCUGAAGUUGAUUAGUAUGGAAGGGUACGGUACGGAUGUAUACCUUCAUCUGAACCGGUUGUCUUCCAGCUCGGAGCCCCUCCAAUGACAAUUACCAGUCAUGAGGGAUGGUCGCGUUCGGUUUUCUACUUCACACAGGCUCCAUCCUUUCUAUUCGGAACCCGAUCCAGCACCAUCCCAAGGAUUGACGCCCAUGAAUAUAGGAGCUAUCCGCGCACGGAUGCGCACCAGGGAAGUCUCUGAGCGUAAGCAGGUCGGGGAUGCCGAAAGCUUGCUUAACGCGGAAAAAUAAAAUGAGACUAUGGCCAACAUUAUUGCGAAAAGCUAAGAUAGCGCGCUAAACUUGUCGCGCACACAUUUUCAUUUGCAUUUUGCAAAUUGCGCAAGAUCCAGAAUCGUCCACCAAGAUACAGGACACAGAAACCGAAUU